CACCAUGUUAGCCUGGCUGGUCUCGAACUCCUGACUUCAGGUGAUCCACCCGCCUCAGCCCCCAAAGUGCUGGGAUUGCAGGGGUUAGCCACCACGCCCGGCGAAUUUUUUUAUCAGGAGUCGCAUUACAUUGAUAAUGGAGAGGCAGAAAACAGCACAGUAUGAUCAACAUUAACUAGGGAGUAAUUAGUUGUAAAAGAACUCUCGACUCUCUUGUUCAAAGAGGUUCAAGCUGCUGUGCUUGUGCGGGAAGGGCUGUAUCCCUUACACGGCCGACUCUAAUGAAAAACUACAAAUCAGUCAUUUGUCCUUCAUUGUCUACAUUCCCCCCACUCACUACACAGCUAAGAAAGCUCAAAGGUACCCUGCAGACACUCAAAACUUGAGGGCACCCAACUCUCAGUUACGAGUGGUGCCAGUCAUAAUGAUAGAAUGAAGUAUCAGUGCAAGAAAUGUAAAGCGUGUGUAUGUCUCCAGGCUGGAAGUCUGGGUUCGAAAUGUCUGCAAUGCCUCGCACUUGUGGCCCGUGGAUAUCCCUGAACUUCAGAAGCCACUGGUUUCCCCGCCAAACGAAAGGUAUGCACCUCAUGGGUUCAGGUCAAAAAAGUCUUCUAAGCAACCCUCUAAUGUUUAUCUUUCACAGCCUGCCGGGCACACCCAUCUUCACAGGCAGCGGACGGAAAAGAAGUGCCAAGAUGGAUGGACACACAGCUGUGGCCGCACUCACGUGUCCCAGCACCAAGGCCGAAUGACCACUUAGGUCAGGAGAUUUUCCCCCCGAGGCUGCUGUUCCCGGGAGGUGUCCCAACGUCUCUAGUCCAGCCCCUAGGUCAGCACUCUACACAUCCGACGCUUAACGAAAGAUAUUCCAACUUUUUACCAGUGGUCUGCAGUUAUUUUCACCAGCAGAGCCCGGAUGAAAGAGGAGCGACAAGUAGCCGCGGCAACCGAAAACCCAGGCGGAAAAGGCUGAGAGCGCAGACAAAACAACAGCUCUUAGAAUAUAAAUCAAUGAUUGAUGCAAAUGAAGAAAAAGCUCCAGAACAAAUUAUGCAAGAAAAGCAAAUCGAAGCUAAAAUUGAAGACCUGGAAAAUGAAAUUGAAGAGGUGAAAAUUUCUUUUGAGAUAAAAAAGCUUGCAUUAGACAGGAUGAGACUUUCAGCUGCACUUAAAAAAAACCUGGAGAAAAUUAGCACCCAGUCUAGUGUGCUCAUGGAUAACAUGAAACACCUAUUAGAGCUAAAUAAAUUAAUAAUGAAAUCACAGCAGGAAUCUUGGGAUUUAGAGGAAAAACUGCUUGAUAUUAGAAAGAAGAGAUUACAAUUAAAACAAGCUUCAGAAAGUAAGCUUUUAGAAAUACAGACUGAAAAGAACAAACAGAAGAUUGAUUUGGACAGUAUGGAAAACUCAGACAGGAUAAAGAUCAUACGACAAAACCUACAGAUGGAGAUAAAAAUUACUACCGUUAUUCAACAUGUGUUCCAGAACCUUAUUUUGGGGAGUAAAGUCAAUUGGGCAGAGGAUCCUGCCCUUAAGGAAAUUGUUCUGCAGCUUGAGAAGAAUGUCGACAUGAUGUAAUAAGAAUUCAUUUCUGACAUAUUUUACAUUUUUGGCAAUCCCAA